AUGGCCCUAGGCUGCUCCCCUCGUCCCCCGACCCCACCGCCCCAGCCCAGCCCAGGAAAUGGAUCCCGGUUCUGGGGUUACGAGGGGAGCUGUCCAGCCCCGCAGGGCUCCAGAUCCCCAUCAUCCCAUCUCCCAGCCCCUUUUCUGCCCACAGCUGUCCUGAAGCCCCAGGAGUCCCUGGCUCAACUUCUUCCCACCCCAGACGGCUUAAAGUCAGAAGGGAAAACAGUGGAGGAGAAGUAUGAGACAAAUGUCCUACGUUGCUGGGAUGAUUAUAAGGUUCAAAUGGACUCUAUCGAAAAGGAUUGGUGUGACUGGGCCCUCAUUAGCAGGCCUUACAGCAUCCUUCGAGACUGCUUGGAAAGGAAUGCAGAAGAGUUUGGCCUGGGCUUCCCCAAUCCCUGGGCGGAACAGAUCAUCUUUGAGACUCACCAGAUCCACUUUGCCAACUGCUCCCUGGGGCAGCCCCCCUUCUCAGACCCCCCAGAGGAUGUGCUCCUGGCCAUGAUCAUAGCCCCCAUCUGCCUCAUCCCCUUCCUCGUCACCCUUGUGGUGUGGAGGAGUAAAGACAGUGAAGCCCAGACCUAGGGUGGCGGGAGCUCUUCAGCCGCCAUCUUACUCCUUUCCUCUGCAGGUCUCUCCCCUCCCCUCCCUACUUCCUUCUCUCACUCCUAUCCCAACUGCAGAUCCUUAGAUCGGUGGAAAUGGAAGCUGGGUGGGGUCAGGGCUCAAGUUCUGUAAUCUUCAAAAUAAAACUUGUUU